AUGACUGCUAUAUUUGUGGACUUAUGGGCCACUGCAAUAUGGGCCAGAUGGAAGCCUAUUAUAAGCCCAGUUGAAUCUCCUAACAGCUUAAUGGGCUCUCCAAACGGCCCAACAUCAUGUAGCCCAUCUCAACAGAAUCCAAUGAAACGCAUCCUCCUGCGCACGUGCGUUGAGAAAGUUGUUAGAGUGAUGAACCUGGAUAAUUUGACGUUGGAGAUCUUUUCCAAGUUGGAGCAGAAGUGGUUGUGCCACUAUGAUGGGAAGAAGACGCGUGUUUUAAGCAUUGACGGCGGAGGAACUACUUGCCUUGUUGCAGGUGCCGCGUUGGUUCACCUUGAGUCUCAGAUCCAAGCGAUGACAGGUGAUUCUCACGCACGCAUUGUGGAUUUCUUCGAUAUUAUCGCCGGCACCGGUAUCGGCGGUUUUCUCGCUGCCAUGAUCGUCGCCGACGAUGGUGUCGGCCGUCCACUGUUCUCCGCGAAAGAUGCUGUUAAAUUUUUUAUGGAGAAUCAGGCGAAGCUUUUCAAGGAGAAAAACGUCGGCGUUUUUCGGCGCCGACAGAGGUUUUCGGAUACGAGCAUGGAUAGGGUGCUGAAGGAGGCGCUCAGGAGAGAAGACGGAAAGGUUUUGACUCUAAAGGACACCUGUAAGCCUCUCCUCAUACCAUGCUUUGACCUCAACAGCUCGGCGCCAUUCGUCUUCUCCCGCGCCGAUGCCUCCGAGUCUGCGAGCUUCGAUUUUGAGCUUUGGGAAGUCAUCCGCGCCACAUCAGCGACACCGUCAAUGUUCAAGCCGUUCAAUCUCACUUCGAUCGACGGGAAAACCUCUUGCCUGGCCGUAGACGGUGGACUCGUGAUGAACAACCCCGCCGCCGCAGCCGUAACUCACGUCUUGCACAACAAGCGUGAUUUCCCGUCAGUAACCGGCGUUGAUGACCUUUUGGUAAUCUCUCUCGGUAACGGACCGUUGAGCACUGCAUCAAAGUUGAAACUCCACCAUGGCGACGAGUGUUCGCAAUCGUCCAUUGUCGGCAUUGCCCUCGACGGGGUCUCUGAAACCAUUGACCAAAUGCUCGGUAAUGCCUUUUGCUGGAACCCCAACAGUUACGUCAGAAUUCAGGCUAACGGCGUUGGUGAACGGCCGGAGGAGGUUUUGGGGGAGAGAGGCGUUGAAUCAUUGCCGUUUGGCGGGAAACGGUUGUUAACGGAGACGAACGCACGAAGAAUCGAAGGGUUUGUGCAACGGCUUGUUGCAUUGGGAAGGAGUAGUCUACCACCGAGUCCGUGCAAGGAAACUGCCGUCAGUCAACUUGCUAACGGCCGUUAG